AUGCCUAAGACGUGCAAAAAUGGGCAGGAUUGUAGAAAAUAUAAAUCAUAUGAAAAUGUUGAAGAUAAAAACAUUUCCAUUUUUCAACCAAUACUGUUAGUUGGUAUGAUUUUUAUGUUUUAUAUUUUUUACUUUCGUAUAUUUAAAAGAAGAUAUGAUGCAAAUAAUGAAAAUUAUCGAAGGAAAUUAAAUAAUAAAAAUAUUAGCAGCAAACCCAUCAUUUCCCUAUGCCUAAACGAUAUAGUCUUAAAGAUUAUUGGUAACAACGUACACAUAGUUGAAAGCUCCAUAGAACCAUUAAAUAAAUUGUGCGCAAUUUCAGAACUCUUUGUAAUUGCUCAAAUUUUAAAUGAUGUACAGGAAAAAAACAUAAUUGAUCUUUUUAAAAGAUUGGGCUUGUUUGAAAAAGGCCUGAAAGAGCAUCGUCUAAUGUUUUGCACAACGUCAAAUGGAAGAGCAUCGAUGAUACGUCAGCUGUGCCCUCUUACUCAUGUCGAUAAUGAUGAAUCUGUAAUAAAAACGUUAACAGGGAAAAUUCCAAAUGUUGUUCAAAUAUAUGGAAAUUUAAAUACCCCUGACCAUUCUAAUUUUUUUACUUCCCUACAAGCCUUUACCCAGGUUAUAUGUGCUGUUGCAUCCGUCGAAGGUAUAAAUUAG